AUGACUAUUAUUCUGAGCAACCAUGAUCAACAACUUACUAUCAAAUUGCAUUAUGGAGCUGCCAACAGUGAUCUCUACAUCACAGCAGUAUAUGCUAAAUGCACUCCUAAAGAAAGGAGAGAGCUAUGGAAUAGUCUUGAGUUAACCAAUCUUCAUGUGAACGGUCCAUGGUGCAUUGGAGGUGAUUUCAAUGUCAUUUUAGAUUCGGAUAAGAAAAAAGGUGGUAGACCUCACAGAAUGAACAAAAGUCUAGAAUUCAGCAAUUGCAUGGAUAACUGUGGUAUGAUGGACCUGGGUUUUGUUGGUCCAAAAUACACAUGGUGUAACAAUUGGGAUCCAAGAAGAAGAAUAUGGAAGAGAUUGGAUAGAGUGUUUAUCAAUGAUGAUUGGUCCCGAAUCUUUCAAAAUAAUAUUGUCAAUCAUUUGGCUAGAAUUGGCUCUGACCAUAGACCUAUUCUAAUUCAAUGCAAGGACUCUAACCAGGAGGGGCCUAAAUACUUCAAGUUUCUAAAUUUUUGGACUAAUCAGCCAACGUUUUUGCAGGUAGUUGAAGAAGUUUGGAGAAAUCAUGUCAAUGGAAAUCCUCUGUGGAGACUUCAUCAAAAACUUAAAAUGCUGAGCAGAAGACUGACUCAAUGGUCCAGACGACAUUGGCAAUGUUUUUAA